AUGACUGGUUCAAUAACCAGAGCUUUAAAUUGGGAUUAUGGAUAUGAACAACAGUUUAUAGCAGUUACUCCAAUUGGUGAUGAGGUUAUAUUGUAUCAAACUAAUCAUGAAGAUCCCGGGGUAGAAUCAAAUUCAUUAAUUAAAUUAAAUAAUAAAUCUGGUUUUGAUAAUAUUCAAUGUUCUUCAUAUUCUUAUAUUAAUAAAGGUAUAAUUGGUGUUGGUUCACAUAAUAGUACUGUUUCUAUUUUUGAUAUAAAUUUAACUUCUUCCAGUGUUUUACAAUUAAGACCAAAACAAGAUCGUCCAUGCAAUUCAAUAUCUUUCAGUGAUAAUAAUUUAAUUGUUGCAGGUUAUGAUAAAGGAAGACAAGAUAACUCUUUACAAAUUUGGAAUAUUGAAGAUCAAGGUGAAAAUAAAAGACCUUUAACUUCUUAUUUACCUAACGAAGCUAUAUUAUCAACAAUUUUUUAUCCUGAUCAAAGUAAUAUAAUAUGUGGGUCUUAUAAAUUUUUAAGAGAAUUUGAUUUACGUUCAGAUCAACCUGUUUUUCAAAUGGCUACUAAAUGUACUUUAGGUCUUAAUAUUGAUCAUUUUCAAAAUCAUUUAUUUCAAAGUUUUAGCGAAGAUGGUAGUUUAGCUAUAUGGGAUAGAAGAAAAUUAACAAGCAAUAAUGUUAAGAAAUCUAUAGCUUCUGGUAUAGUUCAAGAAACUCCAAUAUUACAAUUUAGUAAGCUACUAAAUGAUUUUUCAUCAAGAAAAGUUCAACAUCCGUGUGUACGAUAUUCUUCAAUUAGAAAAGGUGAAUUUGCAGCUAUUUUUAAUGGAGAUUUAAUAAGAAGAUGGCAUACGGGAAAUGUACCACCUGCUAGAAGUUUAAAUCAAAAGACAUUAACAUUUAAAUCAAAACAUGAAGCUACUUUACAAAGUUUAAAACAACAAUCAUCACUAUUAUAUAAACCUAAUGAAGAAAGUUUAUUUGUGUCAAUGGUUUUAGAUGUUCAAACGGAUUAUAAAAAAGUUAUUUCAUUUGAUUAUUCUCCAGAUACUGCUUCUCCAACUUCAACUAAUUUUGUUUGUAUGAGACAAUCAGGAACUGUUUUUAGAAUGCCAGUAGUUGAAUGUAUUGAAAAUAUUGAUUUUAAUCCAAUUAAUGAAUUUUCAAUAACUGGACCAGAAGGUUCAAUGACUAAUUUUUUAGAAAAACCUGUUGAAAAUUUAACAAAUGAAAAUUUAAAAGAAAGAAAUAGAUCAUCAUUAGCUAAAUUAGGAGAUUUAGAAAAUAAUGAAAUUGAAUCUGAAACUGAAAUGUCUGAAGAUGAUGAAAGUGCAAUGACUUCAGAAAUGAAAAAUGUAAAUGGUGGAUUUUCUGAUAAACAUUUGUAUGAAGGUUAUGAAGAUAUCCCAUUAAAUACUUUAUUAAAUCCAAUAGAUAUUAUUGAAAAUGAUUUAUGUAAUACAAUUAGAAAAAGAGCUGAAAUGGGUUAUGCCUUUGAUUGUGAAAAUAAUUCAAAAAUUUUAGAACAAUUGGAUUUAAAUGAUAAUCAAUUGUUUCUAAGAAAUACUUGGAAAUGGUUAGGAUUAGCUAAAAAAAGUUUAGAAAAAGGUACCAUGAUUUCUGAGGGUAUUGAUUUAGGAUAUCAAGGUGUUUUAGGUAUAUGGAAAGGAAUUGAAGAAUUACAAAAUAAUCAAAAUAGAACAAAAGAUUCAAGAAAUGUGACGGAUGUAUGGUUUUCACAAGCUGUAAAAUCCAUUAUAUCUCAAAAGGGUAAGAAAACUUCAGGUAUACAAAUUCCAAGUGAUUCUGAAAAGAAAGCUCAAAGAAAAUUAUGCCUAAUUGUAUCUGGUUGGUAUUUAACUAGUACUGAAUUGGAACAAAAAUUACAAACUUUAGUUUCUAUGGGAUUGCUGGAAAAAGCUGCUGGUUGGAGUGUAUUCCACGGUGAUGUAUCGAAAGCAAUUGAAAUUUUAUCAACAUCUAAAAAAGAAAGAUUAAGAUUAAUGGCUACUGCUGUUGCUGGUUAUUUGGCUUAUAAAAAUUCGAAUAUAAAUAGUCCGUGGAAGGAUCAAUGUCGUAAAAUGGCAUCUGAAUUAGAUGAUCCUUAUUUGAGAGCCAUAUUUGCAUUUAUAGCUGAUGAUGAUUGGUGGGAUGUCUUAGAUGAACAUUCAUUACCACUAAGAGAAAGAUUAGGUGUUGCUUUAAGAUUUUUAUCAGAUAAAGAUUUAACUGUUUAUCUUUAUAAAAUUGCUGAUACUGUUGUUAACAAAGGUGAGUUAGAAGGGUUAAUACUAACGGGUAUAACACCAAAGGGAAUUGAAUUAUUACAAAAUUAUGUAAAUAGAACAAGUGAUGUUCAAACAGCUAGUUUAAUUGCUUCAUAUGCAUGUCCAAGAUAUUUUAAUGAUCAAAGAUCAACUCAUUGGAUAGAUUGUUAUAGAAAUUUAUUAAAUAGUUGGGGUUAUUUUAGUAUAAGAGCUAAAUUUGAUGUUGCAAGAAGUAAAUUAUCAAAGACAUUCACUGGUGAGACGGUAAUUAAACCAAGACCAAAACAAGUGUAUUUACAAUGUCAAAGGUGUAAUAGAAAUUUAUCAAAAUUUAAAAAUCAAAGUACAAUUAAUUCAAAUAUAAAAGCUGCAACUUCGCCUCCAACUACAAAUAGUCAACAAAUAUUAAUGAAACAAUUUAAUAAAUUGAAUAAAAAUAAUACUACUCAAAAUCAAAUUACAAAUAGUUGUCCAUAUUGUCGAGCACCAUUGCCAAGAUGUUCAAUAUGUUUAUUAUCAAUGGGUACAGAAAUAACAUCAAAUGAACUGAAUAAUAAAAUGGAGAAUACAUUUAAAGAAUGGUUUAGUUACUGUUUAACAUGUAAUCAUUGUUAUCAUGCAAUACAUGCUCAAGAAUGGUUUUCAAAACAUUUUAAAUGUCCAGUACCUGAUUGUAAUUGUAAAUGUAAUAGUAAGUAG